UUCCAACGACCUGUCAUCACAUUUUUCCUACCAACAUUCUCUCACGCCAUUCCCUCAAAAACCGCCCUCUCAGCCUCUUUCUCCGGCAACCUCCGCCGGCGACAGACGGCGGUGAUCACGGCGGCGCUUCCAAUUUCUUCUUCAUCUUCUUCAAUUUCCGAAGUUUUUGUGUUCUUCGUCAAAAAUAAUUGGCUGAAUUUUCAAUUGUAAUUUCGGGUUCAGUUUUGUUUGAAGGAAGACAGAAAUUGCCGGUUGGGUUGGUCCGACCAAGAAAGGCAUGGGAGUUUUGGGCAUUGCUUGGGCCUCCUGACCUGAGACGCCCUUGUUACAUGAGAAUUGAGAUACUACUGCGCCUAGUGAAAGGGAGAGAAUAUGAGUUGCUUUGGCUGUUUUGGAGGAGAUGCAGCCCAUAGAACUUCAGACAAUGGAGGUGGUUAUAUGCCCAGAACUCUAGCAGGGAGAGAUGGAAAUUAUCAGUUAGUUGAUAGUGCACCUAGCAAGCCACCAGUGAGAGUUCAGCCUAUAGCUGUCCCUAAAAUUUCAGUGGAAGAACUACGAGAAGUUACAGAGAACUACGGUUCCAAUGCUUUAAUAGGGGAGGGCUCAUAUGGCAGAGUGUACUAUGGGGUGCUUAAAAAUGGGCGUGCAGCAGCUAUAAAAAAACUGGAUGCCAGCAAACAGCCAGAUGAAGAAUUUUUAGCUCAGGUUUCUAUGGUUUCAAGGCUAAAACAUGAAAAUUUUGUUGAAUUGCUUGGUUACUGUGUUGAUGGUAACCUACGUAUUCUUGCAUAUGAGUUUGCAUCAAAUGGAUCUCUUCAUGACAUUCUUCACGGGAGGAAGGGUGUCAAAGGAGCACAACCUGGGCCUGUUCUGUCGUGGACACAACGUGUUAAAAUUGCAGUAGGUGCUGCCAGGGGGCUUGAGUUUUUGCAUGAGAAGGCUGCUCCCCCUAUUUUUCACCGUGAUAUCAAGUCUAGUAAUAUACUGCUCUUUGAUGAUGAUGUUGCUAAGAUUGGUGAUUUUGACCUGUCAAAUCAAGCUCCAGAUAUGGCAGCACGACUUCAUUCGACAAGAGUUCUUGGAACUUUUGGCUACCAUGCACCAGAGUAUGCAAUGACGGGGCAGCUUAAUGCCAAGAGUGAUGUGUACAGUUUUGGCGUUGUCUUGCUUGAGCUUCUCACUGGUCGGAAACCUGUUGAUCAUACCUUACCUCGUGGACAGCAAAGUCUGGUGACAUGGGCUACACCUAAACUCAGUGAAGACAAAGUCAAGCAGUGUGUUGAUCCAAGACUCAAUGGAGAGUAUCCUGCCAAAGCUGUUGCGAAGAUGGCUGCAGUUGCUGCAUUGUGUGUACAGUAUGAAUCUGAUUUUCGGCCAAACAUGAGCAUUGUUGUCAAGGCACUCCAACCUUUGUUAAAUGCUGCGCGGCAUGUUGCCAGCCAUGAUGUUCCAAGCUCAUGAACAAUUUGAUCUCUCCUUCCCUGCCAUUUGUCCGUCUUAUUAUGUGGCUAUGGUUUUUGGUAGUACAAAGUAUACAUGAGAGAAAAUUUUCUGGACUACAGAAAAAUUAUUCUAGCUUGUGCAGUGCUCACUUUUGGUUGAUAAGCUGUAAUUUUGGUUUGCUAAUAGUGUGGUUAUUGAUUUAUUGUGUGGUCUGGAUGUUGAUGUCGUAUUUUUCCAGCUCAUACACUUCGGUUGAAUGAAAUUAUAGCUGUUUAUUAUUGAAGUAUAUAUAUUCUUCGUAUGUUAUGUUAAACUCCCAUGAAGCGAGGACUAAUUCUUUUUUUGUA